GCCGCCGCCUCCUGCGCCUCCUCGUGUCGCGGCGGUGGCGGGCAGGGUCCGGCCGCGGCCCCGCAGCUUCUCGCCGAGGCGGCGCGGCCUCCGCUCCCUCCUGCCUUGCCUCGGUCGCUGCCCAGCCCCGGCGCGAUGUCGGGCGGCGCGGCCAGCGCCCCUAAGCCCCUCCCGUCCUCCGGGCCCAAGUCGCUGCGGGAGAUGCCGCAUCCUCUGGCCACGUCCAGCAGCGAGGAGAUGGGGCCGGCGCUCACCCCCAGCCCCGACCUGCUGCUGCCCCGCAGCAUCGCCGACAAGCCCUGGGCGCUGCUGACAUCAAUUGCAAGAGCACAGAGCGGCUCCGGGGGGAGAACAUACCGUGUCCCUUGCUGCGAGGGACCGUCUGGGACACUGGUAAUCGCGCUGUCGCAGGAGGGUUGCGAGAGGCAGGAUUUUAUUUACUGUAACUCCUGUGGCUCAUGUCUGCAGAUAGGUGAUCUCAGCCUGCCCAAUGGCACACCAGUGGACACUUCUAGCCCGGCCUCCUCCUCAUCUCUCCUCAACAGACUGCAGCUGGAUGAUGACUUGGAUGUGGAAACUAGAGACCUUUUUGUUACAGUUGAUGAUCCCAAAAAACACGUGUGCACAAUGGAGACAUAUAUUACAUACAGGGUUACAACAAAGACCACACGAGCAGAGUUUGAUUUGCCAGAGUAUUCUGUUCGUCGGCGGUACCAAGACUUCGACUGGUUGAGAAACAAGCUGGAAGAGUCUCAGCCAACGCAUCUUAUUCCCCCUCUUCCUGAAAAAUUUGUGGUGAAGGGUGUUGUUGAUCGCUUUUCGGAAGAGUUCGUGGAGACAAGGAGGAAAGCAUUAGACAAAUUCUUGAAGAGAAUAACUGAUCACCCAGUGCUGUCUUUUAACGAGCACUUCAAUGUCUUUCUCACAGCUAAGGAUCUUAAUGCCUACAAAAAGCAAGGGAUGGCUUUACUGUCAAAGAUGGGGGAGUCUGUCAAAUACGUUACAGGAGGCUACAAGUUAAGAAGUCGGCCACUGGAGUUUGCAGCCAUUGGGGAUUAUCUGGACACAUUCUCUCUAAAGCUUGGUACCAUUGAUAGAAUAGCACAACGGAUCAUCAAAGAACAGUUGGAAUACUUGGUGGAACUACGAGAAUAUGGACCUGUUUAUUCAACCUGGGGAGGGCUGGAGGUUGAGCUGUCAGAGCCACUGGAAGGAGUGUCUGCCUGUAUUGGGAAUUGCUGCACAGCUCUUGAAGAACUCAGUGAGGACAUGACAGAAGACUUCCUACCUGUGCUUAGGGAAUAUAUAUUGUAUGCUGAGUCCAUGAAGAAUGUUUUGAAGAAGAGGGACCAAGUCCAAGCGGAGUAUGAAGCAAAACUGGAAGCAGUAGCCUUGAAAAGAGAAGACCGUCCAAAGGUACCUGCAGAUGUUGAGAAAUGUCAAGACCGAGUAGAAUGUUUCAAUGCUGACCUGAAAGCAGAUAUGGAGAGAUGGCAGAACAACAAAAGACAAGACUUUAGGCAGCUACUCAUGGGGAUGGCAGAUAAAAACAUCCAGUACUACGAGAAGUGCCUUACGGCGUGGGAGUCAAUUAUACCACUAUUGCAAGACAAGCCAGAGACCAAAUAAGAAGUACCUUGAUGGACAGUCUAGCACUUCUGUGCUCAGUACCACUAGUCAUACUGGAACUGUAUGGAGGACUCUUUUUGUUAAGUUAACUGAAAUGACAGCUGCACUUAGUUUUUCAGAGUAUCUGUUCCAGCCUAUUUGAAUUUUUUUUUCUUCAAUUUUUGUGUUUAAACUGGGGUAUGUUUCAUCUUUUUGAGUUAUCUUGAAUGGUUCCUUCUUUAUUCUAUGGAGUGAUUGGGGUUCAUAGAGAAAGUGCAUGGGGAUCUUGAUAAAAUUUACCUCUCUAGUCUGGAAGGAACUGAUGAGUGGAACACUAAAAAGAUGAAAAUAAAACUCUACUGCAAGGUG